CAAGUCAACAUGAGGUGCACAGUCAUUGUUUUUAUGUUUUUAAUUAAAUUGGCUGAAAUUAAAGUAUUAAAUAACGUAUGUGGUACCGUGACGGACUAUUAUAACGAUAUCGAGAAUAAUGCGAACUGUUGGUACGAUCCCGAUGUAAAUACUGGCCCAGAAGAAAGAGCCAAGAACCACGGACUGAUCCUAGAAAGGCACCACGUGGAAACCGAAGACCACUGGAUUCUAGUGAUAUACCGAAUUAAGUCGCCAGAGGGCGUAUUAGGAACAAAACCGAUUUAUUUGCAACACGGUUAUGCCGUGGACACAACAGAGUUUAUGGGUAAUGGAGAAAACUCGGUUGCGUUUUUCUUGGCCAAACACGGCUUCGACGUGUGGUUGGGUAACGUCAGAGGCUCCGACUUAGCCACUCACCGAACAUUAUCAAAAAAAAACCCAGAAUACUGGAACUUCAGCUUUCAUGAGAUCGGUACCUACGACAUCCACGCUGGCCUUAAGUACGUCGCCAAAGUGACCGGGCAGAAAGUUUGUUAUGUGGGACACUCAAUGGGUGGUACCGCGAUGGUCGUCUAUUUGACGACACGGCUCAGAGACGCUCAGAAGCUCUUAAAGCAUACGGUGUUGAUUGGCGCGCCCAUUUUUAUGAAAUAUUCGUUUGGAAUUGCUAAGAAGAGUGUGAUGACGGAUUGGUUGUCUACGAUCAAUAUGAUCCAAUUAUUGAGUUACCACGUGCUACUAACGACAAACAGUUUCGAGCGAAAAGCGUUGUUGCAAUUUUGUCUAAACUCUUCCUUGGCAGACUUGUACACGUGUAUGGACUUCGUGACGUUCAUAGGGGGGCCGUGUCCCCAUCCCUUAUCCCCCGAAAAACUCCCCAUGGUUUUUCCGACCCUUCAAAAUCUGGUGCUCAAGCCCGGAUUGCACUAUAUCCAGAACAUUCUAUCGGGGGACUUUAAACAAUACGAUUAUGGCUCAGAAGGGAAUUUGAGAAGGUAUAACUCAACCGUCCCCCCCGUUUAUGACCUAUCAAAGAUGUCAACAGGAAUUAGCUUCAUUAGCAGCACCUAUGAUAGUCUGAACAGCAAGGAGGACCACUUGGAGAUGUUCGCCAAGUAUAAGAAGCCGAGCUGGGACAUGCACGAAAUCCCUUAUAACCAUGUGAACCUGAUGUUUAACCGGAAGGCGAAACAGCUGUUUCUUAGGCCUUUGUUAGAUAUUAUUAAUAAGUACACCUGAGAGUUUUUUUGAGAUAUCUUUGUUAAUAUUAGAGAUACGUUAAAAAUAGUGUUUAAGAAAAUUAAAGAGAAUUAAAUUCUCUAUAAAAAAGAGUUCUUAAUGUUUUUUAGUAGCAUUAACUGUUAAGGAGAUAUAGCAUUUUUUUGUUUAAUUUUCAAUAUAACUCAGUAAUUAUUAUAAAUAGGGCAAAAAAGCUUUCUAGUAAAAUUAAAGACAAUAAAAUUCUCUAUAAAAAAGAA